GUUUGAACUCAGGGCGACUGAUGUCAGUGUCAGAACUGUGAAUCGUGUGGUCCUGUAGGCCCUUUUCCCUUUUCCUUUCUGAGUUUCUCUGCGCUGCAAGUGCUUGGUUGGUAAAGGCAGCGCCAGCAUUGUACUAGGGAGGCUCUUACAUUUUCAGAAAGGUAUUUUGCCCAUUAAUGGGAGCAAUGGCGCUGGCAGAAGCAGGCCGGUGUGCGGCCGGCAUGGCCGCUAUGUCCCUUACCUCCUCACAAACCGUUUCUUCCUUCGAACCCAGACGGCCUUCUUCAGCUGCCAUGGUUUCACAUCGUCCUGACAUCUUGCAAGUUGCGUCUACUUCGGGCGCAAAUACUUCCUUUCUGACAGGACAACAUAGAGUUUCCUGCGCACGGUUGCCUGCAAAGGCAAGGGGCGUACGGAGGGAAGCAGUGGUCAUGGUUGCGGCAGUGCACGAAACGGUGGACGUAGACCUGGGCCUGUCGGUUGCGGACGAGCCGCGGCGGGGAAAGAAGAGAGGCGGGGAUAUGCGGGGGGCGUCGAGUGUGAGCUCGGGGGUGCGUUUGGAGGGCAUUUCUAAAACAUACAAGAAUCAUCAGCUGUUGAAGAACGUCACGUGGGAGGUGACCAAGGGCGAACGGGUGGGGCUGGUCGGUGUGAACGGGGCAGGCAAGACGACGCAGCUGCGGAUUAUAGUGGGGGAGGAGGAACCAGACGAGGGCGUGGUUAUGAAAGCCAAGGAGGACAUGAAGAUAUCUUUCCUGACCCAGGAAUUUACCGUGGUUCCAACGAGGACGGUUCGAGAGGAGUUUAUGAGUGCGUUUGAGGAGCAGAUGGAGGUGAAGCAGCGGAUCGAGUGGAUCAACCAGGAGCUGGAGAAGGCUACCGAUGACAUGGAUAGAAUGUCGGCGCUGCUGGAUGAGUUGGACUUGUACCAGCGGAGGGCGCAGACGGUGGACUUGUACUCGAUCGACGCAAAGAUAGAUAAGAUGAUGCCGGAGCUAGGGUUCACGCCGGAGGACAAUGACCGGCUGGUGGCGAGCUACAGCGGCGGGUGGCAGAUGCGGAUGAGCCUUGGGAAGAUUCUGCUGCAGGACCCCGACCUCUUGCUGCUAGAUGAGCCGACCAAUCACUUGGACCUUGACACGAUCGAGUGGCUCGAAAAGUACCUGAAGCAGCAGGACGUGCCGAUGGUCAUCGUGUCUCAUGACCGAGCGUUCCUGGACCAGCUGAGCACCAAGAUUGUGGAGACCGACAUGGGGGUAGCAAAGACAUUCCCGGGAAACUACAGCGAGUAUGUGGGGCAGAAGGCGGCGGACUAUGAAGCGCAGCUCAUGGCGUGGGAGAAGCAGCAGAAGGAGAUUGAGCGGCAGCAGGAGAUCAUUGACAGGCUGGCGGGGGGAGCCAAUACGGGGCGGGCGUCCAUGGCGGAGAAGAUGCUCGAGAAGCUGAAGACAGAGCAGUUGAUUGAGAAGCCGUUCAACCGGAAGGUGAUUCCGUUCCGGUUCCCUGAGACGGAGCGGAGUGGACGGGAGGUCUUCACAAUCGAAAAUCUGACGCACGGGUACGGGGACAAGCUCUUGUUUGAUAAGGCGUCACUCCAGAUUGAGCGUGGUGAGAAGCUUGCGUUCAUCGGUCCCAACGGGUCCGGCAAGAGCACGCUGCUGCGGUUGCUGCUCGGGCGGGAGCAGCCGCAGGCGGGGGAGAUCAUCCUGGGGGGCCAUCGCGUGCUGCCCAACUACUUUGAGCAAAAUCAGGCGGAGGCGCUGGAUUUGGACAAAACGGUGCUGCAGACCGUAGUGGAUGCCGCGACAGACUGGAAGCUGAACGAGAUCAAGGGCCUGCUGGGGAAGCUGUACUUUAAGGGCGACACCAUCCACAAGAAGGUCGAGUUCUUGAGCGGGGGGGAGAAGGCGCGUGUCGCGCUCGCAAAGUUUAUGGUCACGCCUGCCACCGUGCUAAUUUUCGACGAGCCGACCAACCAUCUGGACAUUCCGAGCAAGGAAGUGCUGGAAGAUGCACUGCGGGCGUUCGAAGGAACGGUCAUUGCCGUGUCUCACGAUAGGUACUUUUUGCGGCAGAUCGUGAACCGGGUGGUGGAGAUCAAGGGGCGCAAGCUGGCGGACUACGUGGGCGACUACAACUACUACCUGGAGCAGAACCUGGAGGCGCGCCGCAAGGAACUAGAGCGGGAGGCCGAGCUCGAGGCCGCAGCGCCGAAAAUCAAGUCGCAGUCCAAGAUGACCCGGGCUGAGCGAGAGGUGCAGAAAAAGCAAAAGGAGGCGGCCAAGAAGGAAAAGGCGCAGAAGAUCAGCGCAGGGCAGGGCAAGGCGAAGAAGAACGCCAAGAGGUGGAACUGAGGUCCAUUGACGCCAGCCCUCGGAAGGGGGCGCUCCCAGGCCGCCCUUUGCACAAGGGCUCUCGCCUUGCAGUCUGUUUAGCUGCCUCGAUACGCCCAGUCUGUACAUAACUUAGUUGUUGUGUUUCCGUCGAGCACCAUUUGCUCCUUACGAAUGCACGCCACCUGCCCGUGGGAGGUCGCAAUAAUCAUAGACGUUCUUUUUAAAUGGUAGACCGGGAGUUGUUGGUAAGUCCGAUCUGGAUAGCUGAUCUGUGCGCCGUGUAGGGCCACCUAGUGGUUCAGUGUCAAGAAGACCAGGUAGCAGCCUAGCCUAGUAGCACGUGUUGUAGUGUCGAGAGUGAGGUUUUGAGCACCCUCCAUAGAUGGAUUGAUAAGCGUCCUACAUGCCUGGAUUGCUCGCGGUUACAUCAAAGUCGAGGCAUUUAUAAUAUCGAUAAAGAUUGCGAUCCUUGAAUCCUACACGUGGCAGUCAGUGCUGCGGGCCC